CGAUCUCCAGACGAUUGACGAAUAAAAAAACAUAGCAGGCGAUAAAAGCGGUGAUUGUGACGAUUCUAUGCGUCUCGAGAUCGCAUUUGAUUCGCGCGCGAGUGGCAAGUGGUAAGUCCGAGUGAUCGACUGAACUGACUGAUUGACAGACGGACGGACAGGCGAUCAGCAGCGCCAUUAGCAGCGCGAUAAGAUGAAGCGGCUGUGAAGGGGCCCACUGCGAUCAGCAAACUGACCAACCACCGUAGCCGCGCGAUACACGUUCACGCCGCGGGUGGAAAUUAAAUUAGCGCUCUCCUCCGAUCGAGUUGUACGUUCACGCCGCGGGUAACGCAUCCCGUGGUUCCCACCGGCCGGUUUUCCCUCCGAGAGAUCGGCUGCGAGGCCGACGACAGCCGACGACGACGACGACGGCGGCGGCGGUGGCGGUGACGGCUGGCUCGUGUGAACGCUAGUAUAAACGCGGUGGUAUUACUGUUGGAAAAUCGACGUCGACGAGGAGGACGUCCCGAGGUUCCCCGGGAAGAACGACGAGAAGCGGCUGCUGGACGACUCGCGCGAGAGAAAAACGCGACUACGGAUUUACAGAGAGACCCAUCUUUGCAUAAACAAUGGCAGCGUUACCACGGAGGAUUAUUAAAGAAACUCAAAGAUUAAUGCAAGAACCAGUUCCUGGUAUCAGUGCUGUACCAGAUGAUACAAAUGCUAGGUAUUUUCAUGUAAUAGUAACGGGACCUGAGGAUUCGCCGUUCGAAGGCGGACUGUUUAAACUUGAAUUGUUCCUACCUGAGGAUUAUCCAAUGUCCGCACCUAAAGUUAGAUUCAUUACAAAAAUAUAUCAUCCAAAUAUAGACAGAUUGGGCAGGAUUUGUCUGGAUAUUCUUAAGGACAAGUGGAGUCCGGCACUUCAAAUCAGAACAGUUUUGCUGUCCAUACAAGCGCUUUUAAGCGCGCCGAAUCCCGAUGAUCCUUUGGCAAAUGAUGUAGCUGAACUUUGGAAGGUCAAUGAAAGCGAAGCGAUACGUAAUGCCAAAGAAUGGACUCGAAGAUACGCUAUGGACAACUGAUCUCAGCCUUGUCAGAUCGCCCACGACAAAGCAAAGCGACGUUAUUCCUACCUUUCCCAGACUUUUGAUCACCAUACCCGCACCAACUGCGUAUCCGGCACCUGUGUCCACAAUUUUGCUAUAAAAAUAAUAAAAGUUUUGUAAGAGUAAAACAGAAUGAAUAUUUUCUAUAUUAUGGGGGAAACGCGAAGCACUGUUGAAUUUAUUCAAUCGCUCAUUGAAGAAUAUCUUCGUAAAUAUCUUCUUACAUUGAAGUGUUGCGAAUCUCUCUUUCUACAAGAAAAGAGGGAACAAAAGUUUCCCGUUGUGAGAAUACGUGAUGAGAUAUGUUACAUAUAAAUUUAAAAUUGUAUUAAGCAAAAAUAUGCUAUAUACAUUGCUAAAUCUUACAUUGCUAUUUUUUGUGCAAUUUGCAAUUUAUCCUUUUUUUUUUCUUCCUAAUGUACAUUAUUUAAAAGUGGAAUUGAAAAGUUUAUGUUAUUCAACAUAUGAAUUCUCUUUUUAAAACAAAUUUGUAUAUAUUAACUGGUUAUAUAUGUAUAUUUUUCUCUCUCUGUCUAGUACAUUUUAGAUUUAAGUAUUACUGCAUAUUUAAAAUAUGGAGAGAGAGAAUGGCACAAGAUUAAUGAAUAUAAAAUUAUAUGUGUAAUGUAGUUAUUAUUUAUCACAUGUCUUAUAGAUAAUAUAUUAAAGAAACUACAAACGUUUUUUCAAUCUAUAUAAACUUGAACAUUUAAUUAUUUUAUUUGAAGAUGUAUAGUAGAAUACUAUAAAACAUUCAAGUUUUCAAAAUAUAAAAAUAUAAUAAAAAAUAUAUUCCAAAUAUCUUUGAUUUUUGCUCAGAGAAGUUUGGCUAUAAGUGAAUAUAAAUCAUUUAUUAUUAUGUUAGUACUAAUUGCCAAUUAUAAUUAUUUAUGUGUAAAUAUAAGUAAGAAGAGUAGAAAGUCUUGUGUAUCUUACAAUAAAUAAAUUCUACUUAUCGAGAUGCGAAUACACAUAAUAUAAAAUUUCUGCAUAGGAAAAAUAAAAUUAAUUAUUUUAUGAGGAAUGCUUGCAUGAAUCACAGUGUAAAAUAUAUAAAAAAAAGAUAUGCAUAAGUACUUUCUAUUUAAUGAGUAAAAUUAGCAAAUUUUAAUGAGAAUAUGUGCGAAAAAUAUCUAAAUUGAUUAGGUUACAUAUAAUUAAAUAAAUAGCGAUAAAAAAUAGAAAAAUACAAUAUCUGUAACAAAAUGUAUGGCAAAAAUAGUACAUAUAUUGAUAGAAAUCUAUAUUUAAUAUAUCCUCACAUAAUAUGAAUGCAUUGGCUCAAUAAAAUAUGAUAUAAAUAAUAUCAGUUUAUCUGAUAUACGCGUUAUGCUGCGAAAAAUUGAAGAAAAAUAUAUAACCAGUUAAUAUAUAAAUAUCUUAUGAAAAAGGAAAGCUAUAAGCUAUAUCUGAGAAUAUCGCCUUUUUUUAGUAAGUAUUAGAACAGGGAGAUUCUAUAAUUUAAGGACACGGGGAUAGAUUAAAACAAUUGUAGAUAAUCUGCAAUAAUAAAGAGAUUAUUAUUAAGA